CAGGGCCGUGGGGGCUGCACUGGUGGCUGUGCUGGAGGUGACCCCCUGCUCCUGGCACUGCCACCCAUGGCUUGGCUGUGGCUCCUGGUCCUGCUGGCCCUGGCCGGGCCCGUGGGUGGCACCUGGGACAGCUGCAGAGGGACCUGCGGGCUCCGGCCCAUGGCUUCUGACCACAACUCCCUGCUGCCCGACGGCCCCGUGGCUUUGGCCGAUGGCACGUCCCACGCCAUGGGUGGCACCGGUGUCCAGGCGGGGGCCUGGCCUGGCAUCGUCAGCAUCCAGGCCAGCUGGGAGAACGGCACGUGGCACAUGUGUGCAGGGGCCCUCAUCCACCCCAAGUGGGUCCUCACGGUCGCCCACUGCUUCUUCGGGGUUGGGGAUGUCUCCAAAUGGGAGGUGGUGAUUGGGGCCACUGAUCUGACCGAGCUGGGCCCUGAAGCUGAGCUGAGGCACAUCCAGAGGCUCCUGGUGCACCAGCACUACGCACCUGCCUUGGCAAGGAACAACGUUGCUCUGCUGGAGCUGGACGAGCCCGUGGAGUGCAGCGACUACAUCCAGCUGGGCUGUGUGCCUGAUGCCUCACCGGUAGUGUCAGAGCUGAAAACCUGCUACAUCGCGGGCUGGAGAACCACCUUGGACAGUGCUCUCAGACCACGCCUGGUGCUGCAGGAGGCCAAGGUGCGGCUCAUCGAUGUGCAGCUCUGCAACAGCAGCCGCUGGUACGGGGGGGCCGUGCACCCCCACGACCUGUGCGCUGGGUACCCGCGGGGCGGCAUCGACACCUGCCAGGGGGACAGCGGGGGUCCCCUGGUCUGCAAGGACAAGAGAGCCGACUACUUCUGGUUCGUGGGAAUGACCAGCUGGGGAAAAGGCUGUGCUGGGGCCAAACGACCCGGGAUCUUCACCUCCACCCAGCAAUUCCACGACUGGAUCCUGCUCCAGAUGGGAUUGCUCCCAGCAAUAACAGCUGCUCCAGCUCCAGAACCAACCACUACCUCGACUCCUGAGCAGAAUUCAGAGCCAGAGUCCAGCCUGACCCCUGUGGAGAUGCCAAUGGAGCUGGACAAUUUUACACCCAUUUCAAUCCAACAACAGAUACUGGGGCAAUUCUUUAACCUCCUCCUGGAGCUCCUGCAGUUCCUAAAGGGAAAAAAGACUUGAACAGUGGGAUGAGCAGAUCCAGUUCUGGCUGCAGUGGAUUACAAUGACUCCCUGUUGGGACCAAGACCAUUCCCUGGUGGGACCACGACUGUGGGGCCAAAAGCAGCCCCAGUGCCCAGGGCUGCUCUGUGCUGCCCACGCUCCUCCCCUGAGCCCACCUCGAUGGUGAAGUUCAGUGUCAUUGAAAUAAAGUUGUUUGUGUUCCCCAUUAA